CAAAAACACACCCGAGGAUAUCCACUCUCCUCCACGCAUAUCGCGUUGUUCCCGAUCGUGCCGAACUGCCGACGCUCCGCGUUGACGGUAUCCGAAAUUCGAUCGUUACGCAAAAAAUAAAACGAACGAACAACGAUGACCCGAUCGACCUGCAGUGUCUGAACACACCGUUGCGCGCCGAGUGCGACGAUCGCUUAUCGCGGUAAAUCGAAGCUUUGGAUUUUAAUGUAAAAACGCGUGAAGUGUCCAGGACGUGUGUGCGUCGUUGAAUUUUAUAGAAUUAUCAAUUUUUUUUAUUCCGGCGCAUGUGAUUGCCCGCGAUAAAAAUCACCGGUGGCGCUCAAGGGUUUCGAAAUGUGCAGCAACGAGAGUCCUCCGCCGACCAAGGAGCCUCUGGCGGUUGGUCUGGGGGUGGGAAAUCCAAUGGCAGGAUUUUUGCCGGGUUUGGAACACUAUAGAUUACAAUUGUAUCAUUACGCGAUGGCGGAGCGAUUGCGUUUAGCACAACAGUUACAUCCCCAACACCCCGGCGUCGGACAUCCAUCGGCGGGUGGCCCAUCGGGACAUCUGGGUAUGUCGACCGGAUUCCCGGCACCGUUACCACUUUAUCCAGCAGCCGGUUAUCCGGGUCGUUUGGCUCUCUCGAUGGCCCUCCUCCAUCCCCAUCAUCAACGUAUACCGGAGGAACCGAAACCCCAGCACAGCUACAUCGGUUUGAUAGCGAUGGCGAUACUCUCGUCUCCCGACAAGAAGCUCGUGCUCUCGGACAUCUACCAACACAUUCUGGAACACUAUCCCUAUUUCCGAACGCGUGGUCCAGGUUGGAGGAAUUCCAUCCGACACAAUUUGUCGCUCAACGAUUGUUUCGUCAAAUCCGGGAGGAGCGCGAACGGCAAGGGGCAUUACUGGGCCAUCCAUCCUGCGAAUCUCGAGGACUUCCGUCGCGGCGACUUCAGGAGACGCAAGGCCCAGAGGAAGGUCCGUCGGCACAUGGGACUCUCGGUGGACGAGGAACCGGACAGUCCGAGUCCUCCUCCGCUUCCCGCUACGCCUCCACCCCCCGCGUUGGGACCACCGGUGGUGACUCAGGCGAUCUCCGGUAUCUGGACGCCUCAUCACCACUUCCACGGGCAAUCCAUCCAGACGUCGCAGCCGUCGAGAAAACGGCAAUUCGACGUCGCUUCGCUUCUGGCGCCAGACGAUCAGAUCGACGUGCUCAGACCGGUGAAAACGAGGAGAUACAGUUGCAGCGAGGACGAGCACGAUCUCCACGAACCGGAACCGGAGAUCGACCACGACGAGGAAGACGUGGACGUCGACGGGGUCGCCGAGCCGAACGUCCUUCCCCCCAGUCCUCCGUCCAGCAGUCCGGUCUCGAAAGCUUCGCCGACGAAUCACUGCGGAUGGAAUAAUUCCGGGCAAAAUCCGUCGACCCCCUUCGCCGCCAUUCAUCUUCACAAUCAUCUUCACGUUAGAAAUUAUUACGCGCCAACGAAUCCCGGAUCGGGAUCGAGCAUCUGAAUAUCCUCGUGGAUCGACGUCGGGAGGGAGGAUAAUUAAAAGAAUUGUAUAGAGACACGAUUAUUACAACGCGAUGUAAAUAUUAGUCGGCGGUACGAGCCUGUAACGUGUUUAAUUAGAUCAAGACUGACGCGAUAUUCUUGACUGUUGAAAUGUAAUAUAAAUAACGAUAAUUAUAGAGGUUAAGAAUUAAGCUAUAUAGUAGUAAUAACUGUCCAUAUAUAACUCACAAUCAGAUUAAAACAAUUAGUAUGUAUAGUAAAAAUAUGUUAUAUAUAUUAUAUUUGAACAUAUAUAUAUAUUAUAUUAUUGUGUACAAAAUAAUCAUUAUGUGUAUAUUGAAUUGGAUAAAUUAUAUUUAAUUAAUCGAGUAUAUGACGAAUAAUAAUAUCACACGUGAAGAAGAUCGAGGGGAACGACCUGAGGACACAUUCGGAAACGAGAAAAAAAAAAAAAAACAAUAAUUGUUUACGACAUCGCAGUUGAAACUCUGCAGCUGAUCGCGACGCGAUGGUUAAACAAACAAUUAUUAUAAUAAAAGAAAAGGAAAAACACUCCAUAACAUAUUGAUAAUUAACGUAUACCUUCUUUACCACGGCGUCGCGACGCCCAGCCUUCAAUUCGAUUCUCAUACGUUAUAGAAAAUACGGCCGUAUAAUAGCACCGCGAAACAUACACAUUGUAUAUUAUAUGAACAUGAGAAGAUUUAAUAAAAUACUUUGUUCUCA